AUGACUUCAGAAGGCCUGGAAAAGAUGAAUCCACGGAAUAGAACUAGGGCAGCCCUAAGUGAGCUUGAAGGCGCGCAAACUUCGAAUCGGCAAACCGAGGGGAUCUUCAUGCCGAUACCUGGCACCUACACCACCAGCAGCACCGCCAGCAGCACCGCCAGCGGGGUAACUGCAGAAGAGAGUCUCGGCCGCACAUCGUAUGGCUUGACCCCAGGCGAUAUCCCAUUCAGAUCUCCAGUGGGGGGUAAUAUAGUCCCAGACCAGCUGGCAAACUGGAUGCAUAGCUCGGGCAAUCCGGAAAAUAUGUGGUUUGACGACGACCUUGUCUCCGCGCUCAUAGAGCCAAUAUCAAUGCCACCCUUCAACAAUCUGCCAACGGAGACAACAAUUACACAAGACAACAAGCUAGGAAACCCUAUUUUUAAUGAAGCUAUUCAAGUAGCAAGUCAACCACGAUCACCUCCAAAUGAAGCAUCCAAGGAAGACCGAUGGCCAUACAGCUGGGAUCCAGGCUCUCUGGCUAUCACAACAUCUAAGCCUAUUGAAAUGGAUAAAAGGCAUCCGUUACGGCAAAGUCAUGAAACCAAAUUUGACAUCUCUGCUGAGCGAUACAAAGUUUUGAAAUCAUUCAUCCAACGACCAGCCCGCAAAGGCUUUGAUUUUCAUUCCCUGCCUUUACCGGGUUUAGGGAUAGCAAAUGUGUUUAUUCGACUUUUCUUCACACGUUUCGAGCAUCAAAUGGCAGUGAUCCAUAAUUCAUCACUGCAGUCAUCUGAUGAAUUGCCAGAUGCUCUGUUGGCUGUCAUGAUUGCAAUAGGCGCAACCUAUAGUCUGGAACGUCAUUCAUGCCGCUUUUCGAUUGUCUUGAUUGACGUGGCAAGGCUGAGUACGCAAUUGGCCAUCGAAAUGGAUAAUAAACUAAUGAGAGAUCCUUUGAUUCUAUACGCUUUGGCUCUCAUAUGCUAUUCGGGUAUUUGGUGUGGUAACAAGAGACUCUUUGAACUAUCUGAAAGCUUGAGAGGAACUGUGAUCACUUACUUUCGCCACAUGCAGCAGGUGGGGUUUGGCAUGAAUCAGAGAGAGUCUGGGGCUCGGGUUGAUAGCUUGGAUGUCGAAUGGCAAAGAUGGAUACAACUGGAAACUCGGAAGAGACUUUCAUGGGUCAUAUACAGCCUCGAUUGUGUUUUUCCGUGUUUGCUCUACCUUCCAGCCUCGUUAAGUGUGGCGGAGUUCAUGAGCAUUGAAUGUCCAUGCGACGAAGAGUUUUGGCAAGCCACGACUGCUCAUCACUGGAAAGGCCUUCUUGGUUCUGCUUCUAUACCUCCGGGGAGAACUUUUGCCGCGGCCGUCAGCCCAUUCCUUGGGUACCUUAACCUAGGACCUGCCUCAAAUACAAACUCCCUUACCACUCCCUCAUCAACAUCAAUUUGCGAUCCUAUCAGUCUCAACGCCUGGACUCGUUAUCUUGUUCUCAUCACAAUCCAGGUGCAGGUUUUCGAGCUUUCCCAGCAGACAACCAUGGUUUCUGAUAUGGCCCUGGACUCGGACACCUGGCAGCCGCCAGAAGAAGAUUUAGCAAGCACUCAGUGCUCAAAAAAAUCUCAUUACGCGGCCAUGGUGAGCCCAACAGUUGCAGAUUACUAUGUUCUAUUGACCACGAGAUGCUCAGGCUCAUGUCUCUCGAGCCCUGUACAAGAAGUCUUACACUCCCUCGCAAAACGGAAGGCCCAUAUAGAAAGUAUGCCAACAAUCUUCAUGCAACGUUCGGACCGCUGA